UAAGUUUUGAUCAAAAUUGUCACAUAGAGUAGAUAGAGUUUCAGUUUUAAGUUUUUGCUAUUUGUCGGAUGCUUUGAUAAACAAUACAUUAAAUUAAAAAGUUUUGAUUGCCAUGGCGGGAAACGGAGAUAUAAUGGAUGGUAUAGAGCCAUGCCGUACAUGUGGUAUUUUCUAUUUGACAACAUCAAAUUUUCUGCGCAAGUUUUUCGAUUCAUCAACUGAUGAAUACGAUUUGUCAAAUAUUCGUACUGAAUUAGCUGCAUGGAGUGUUCAGAUUAUAAAGGACGAUGGCUUGCCGCAGUAUAUUUGCACCUGUUGUAUACUUGAAUUUCAAAAGAUGUUCAAAUUUCGUGGGCUUUGCGUUGAACUACAAACCCAAUGGAGACAUUUUUACAAUGUACGAGCAGAGAAUAAAUUAUAUAUUAAAAAGGAGCUAACCGAUCCGGAUGAGAAAACUGAAAAUAUUUGUGAUUUUAUUUACGUAGACGACAUUAGCGACAAUGAGUACAACGGCGAGGGAGGAGGUGGUUUUACACCAUUCAAGAUUCCACAUGUUCCUAUCAAAGAAGAAAGUCCAGAUGAUGCUGCGGGUCAAAAUGAGAGCAUUAUUCUUGGAGUGAAAGAAACAUUUAACACCAGUAGUAAUCAAAUGGAAACAUCAGAAGAAACAAACUUUGCACACAACAUAAGCUAUCUUACGAAUUCCAAUUCAAAUAGUCUUGAUUCUCCAGUAUCUCAGCUUUUGGAUGAACCGGUAAACCAGCUGCCCCCAUUUGAACCAAACCAAGAAGUAUCAACAUCGGUUCAGUGUAGUUUAUGUCGCCAUAUGUCUGUUAGUGCAGAGUUACAUAGGCAACAUAUGAAGCGAAUACAUGAAAUAAAAGAUUUGGUGUGUCACAUAUGCGGAAAAGAAUUCAAAAAUUCUACUGCUACCCGCCUAAAGUUUCAUCUGAAAUGGCACAGAAUAAGCAAACAUAUUAAGUGCGCUCAGUGCGGCUUUUUCUGUGACUCUCGCGCAACUCUUAAGGAACAUACCAGAGCAAUACAUUCAAAGAUCGAAUGUACCACUUGUGGUAAACGCGUCUUGGGGAAAAAGAUGAAAAUUCAUAUGCGGGGGCAUAAAUUGAGAUCGUGGUCGUGCUCUUACUGUGAUGAAGUAUUUCAGACAGAAAACGUGCUUGAGGCACAUAUUUGGCAAAUACAUGCACAAGAAGAGAAUCUGUCAAUCACAACAGAAGAGAAUAACACUCGCAAUAAGUUGUUGGCAGAACAAUCUUCGUCUUGUAGUCAAUGCAAUCAGUUUUAUACCACCCAAUACGAAUUAAAUGCACAUAAGCUGCAAUGCCAUUUGAUGCCAAAUACUUUCGAUACUGAGUCUUACGCUAGUUCGGACCUUCAAAGCGAACAAUUCCACUACCAAGACCCAGCAGAUAUCCUGCAAGUGCCUACUACAAAUUUACCAAAUACUAACAAAGGCACCGGAGUCAAUGAGGGAAACUCAUACACCUCAUGUAAUAAUGAUGCAGUCACGCAAAUUAUUUCUUCUGACGAGGAAACUUGUGAUAGUGAUAGUUAUUCCGCAGCGUCAAAAGAUUUCGCUUGCCCAAAAUGUACACAGACUUUUUCAAGCACUGAACAACUUUGUACGCACUAUCAGCAACAUGUGGAAAAAUCUGGAUUUAACUGCCAGAUAUGUGGAAAAUCGUUUGAACUUAAAUUCAGUCUUAACCGUCAUCUAAAAAAGCAUAAUAGUCAAUAGUUUAAAAUUUAAUUUUGCGCUUCAUUUAUGUAAAUUCAAUCUUCAAAUAUACAUAUAGAGUAUAAUUGUAAACCAGCUAUAUUGAAUACGAUUAAAUGUGAAUAU